AUGUUAAGAAAAACUAAAGUAGAUUUAGAAGUACUUCAAAAUGUUGAGAAAUACCUGAUGAUUGAGAAGGGAAUAAAUGGUGGUCUUGUAAAUGCUGUCAACAGAUACUCAAAAGUUAAUAAUAAAUACACUCCGAACGUCAAUGCAUCGAUACCUUCAAACUUCUUAUUGUUUUUUGAUGCUAGUUUAUGCAUAGUGCAUGCGCGAUGCAUAGUUUGUAUAGAUGGGCAAUGUGUCAGAAGUUAA